AUGAGAUCGAAGCUUCUGUCAGGCUCAAAAUCUUCAAUGGAUGAGGAAGACCCCCUAGAGGAACCCUUUGUGGGACCCUCCGUGCGCUGGGCAAGUCAGGCACCCAAGAGCUACAGGGGCGCCAAGGUGAGGGACGCCACCCUGCAGAGGAAGGUCGGCAGGAAGGUAUGUAUGGGAGGGGUGUUUUUUGGGGUGUUUUAUAUUUAUUUGGUUGUUUUAGUUGCCCUGUGCCCCCCCGUGCAGACACAGACGGGGAGACCAGCGGCAUGGGGUCAUCUGUGGACGAACCGGUUGAGUCAUCCACCGAAUCUGCCUCAGAAGCCCCCUCCACCCCCCCUGCCUUCAUCCAGCCCCGCCCCUCCGCCUCCCGGGGGCCCUUCCUCCUCCACCUCCCCCACCGCCAUCAAGAAGAGGAGAGGAGGCUGGCCCAAGGGAAGGAAGAGGAAGCCAGAAUUGCCCGGAGCUAAACCACCGAAGGCACCGCUGACCGCCUAUGUGCUGUUUCUGAACGAGAGAAGGAAGUUUUAUCGAGAGACCAGGCCAGAAUUGAGCUUUGGCGCAGUGACCAAGGUGCUGGGGGCGGAGUGGUCAGCCCUCAGUGUGGAAGAAAAAGCAGCAUUUGUGUCACGGUCGGAGCAGGACAAACGGAGGUACAGGAAUGAGCUACAGGCCUACAGACAGUCGCACGAUUACCAGCUGCUCUUGAGGAAAAAACGGAUUAAGAACGUCAUCCGUCGCGGUGGAACGACAACGGAGGAGUCAUCCGAUUUCACCGACGAGAUUGAUGAUGAUGAUAGUGAGGAGCUGUACUGCAGGAUUUGUGACCAGCUGUUCACCUCGCUGCACAACAAACGGGAACACCUGUACGGCAAGACACACCUCCAGGCCAUCACAGGGGAGUACCAGAGGGAGAGGCUAGCGGAGGAGGAGAGGCAGAUGGCAGCAGCACUGAGGCUAAGGCAGGGUGGGGGGGACUGCCUCACCUGCGGCACCCUCAUCAACUCACUCACCUGUGCUAGGAAAGGACUGGAGACUGCUCCCAGUGGCUGCCCCUCCUGCUCACCCCACUCCACCGACCCCCACCCCUCCCAGGAAGAUGAGCAUGAUGGGGAUAAAGAAGAUGAGGAAGAGGAGGAGGAGGAGGAAGAAGAGGAAGAGGAGGAGGAACAUGACAUAGGAGGAGGAGGAGGAGGAGGCAUGUCAGCUUUCUCUCCUCCUGCACCACCUCCUCCUCCAUCUACUGCUACUACUACUACUACUACUGCUGCUGCUACUUCAGAAAGCUUAACUUCAGUACUAGAAGGGGUGAUGGCUAGGGUUUUAGAACGCGAGGAGGAGAUCCACGCCCUCCGCCACAGCAGCACCACAGCAGCACAGACCAGACAGGAGCUACAGAAAACCCUCACAACCCUCCAAGCACAGGAACAACAGCUGGGGGUGACAAAGGAGGAACUGAAAAGACAGAACACUAGAUUGAAGGCAGAAGCUGAGACGUUGUGGCUUCUCCCUGCCCUGUUCGGUGUGACGCCCUUGCAGAUGGUUGACGUUACCCUGCGUUCUGAGGGCCAGGGGUGUCAGGGGCAGGGGGGAUCACAGGAAGAGUCUCAUAUUUAUAUACAAGAUGAAGGGAUACAUUUACAGCAAGAAAAGGAAGAGGAGGAAGAAGAGGAACUGGAGCAAGAGGAGGAGGAGGAGGGGAAGGUGUGUGGUGAUGGUGGUGGUGAGUUUUUACAGCUACAGCAACUACAGCAGCUACAACAAGGCAGUGAGGGUAGAAAUGCGGGUUUUGUGCAAUUACAACUACAGCAGCAUAGUGAGGAUAAGAAGGUCGUGUUUGGUGGUGGUAAUAGUGGGUUUAUAGACCUACAACAACUACAACAACCACAACAACAGCAAAGUGAGGACAAGGAAGUGUUUUGUGGUGAAAAUAAUGGGUUUCUACAACUACAACAACUACCACAACUACAGCAACAGCAGAUUGAGGGCAAGGAGGUAUUUGGGAGUAGUGGCAGUGGCUUUUUGCAACUACAACAACUACAACAGCUCAGUAAGGGUGUGGUAGUGCAAGAAGAAGAGCUGGUUGAGGGAUGUGAUGGGCUAAAACAACAACUAUUACAACAACAACAACAACUAUUGAUCCAAGAUGAGGUUCUGUUACAAGAGGAAGAAGAGGAACAAAUAUUGGUUGAAGAUUGUGAUGGAGAAAUAUUGGUAGAUAAACAACAAUUAUUGAUACAAGAUGAGGAGGAAGUACAACAAGAGCAACAACAACAGUUUUUCUUAGAGGAUAAAACCUUGCUACAGCAACAACAACAACAACAACUAUUACUACAAGAUCCUGACAUACUACUACAACAACAACAACAACAAAUACUGAUAGAAGAUUGUGAUGGAUUACAACAACAACAAAUAAUACUGCAAAAUUAUGAUGGUGGUGGUGGUGGUGGUGGUGGUUGUGGAGGACAGGUGGUACUGGUACAACAACAACAACAACAACAACAACAUCUAGUACUACAACUCAGAGAAGAAGAAGAGGAGGAGGAGGAUAGAGAAGAAUUGGUAUUAGAAAAGGAGGAAGAGGAAGAUAAACUAUUAUUACAACAACAGCAACAACAACAACAACAACAACAAAUAAUGCUUUUAGAAGGAGAAGUGGAUCACCUUUACCUACAACACCAAGAGGAAGAAGAAGAAGAAAAGGAAAAAGAACUCACAAAACAACAACAACAACAACAACAGCAACAGCAGCAGCUACUUCUACAGCCACAGAACACAGCACAGUACCUCCUGCAGCGGAAAAGCAACGGAAGAAGAGGAGGAGGAGAUAAAGAAGAAAAUGAGAGAGAAGAAAAUUUAGCUAUGACUAAAACAUUCCUGCUCCUUCCAAACCAAAACAAACAAACAUUUCAACACAAAACAAAACAUUACAAGCAAACUCAAGACAAGCAGGGCACCAGACAGCAUCACAGCAGGCAGGCGCAGCAGAACCAGCUCCCUAGCAGCACGCAGGCGGAGCAGAAGGAGCAGGAGGAAGGGAAACAGCAGGAAGACACCCAGCAGAUACCAAAACGAAGGAAAGGUCACAGGAAAAUAGAAAAAACGGAAUAUUUAAGCAGAUUUCCCGGUGUUCUGAAGGAUGGAAAGCGGGAGUGUGUGAUUCUACUCCAGCAGAAGCAGGGAAGCGUCACCAGGCAGCAGGGGAAUAUAGGGGAUCUGAAUGCUUUGCCGCCAACUCUUGAUUCUCAUGUUUUGUUGAAUGGGUUUGAUUUUCAAGAGGAAUUUCAAAUCGAAGAGGAAUUUUUGCAUCACGACCUUCUAGAUUUGAACGCGGGAGAGGAACAAGGGGAUCAGAACCUCUUGCUGCCGGAUAACACAUUGUUAUAAUGAAGGCGGUGGUGGUGGUGGUGGUGGUGGUCGCGGCGGUGGUGGUGGUGGUCACGACAGCUGAGGCCCGGCCCUCCCCCUCCCCCCAGGAGGUAGCCAUCGGGGACCCCCUCCUGGGCUUCCUCCCCCCAGGCGCGCCCAGACCGAGUCCCAGCCUGUCUCACCGACCCCGCCCCGGAAAGAAGGGUCGUCGCCCCUCUUUCCCCCGCCCCCCAGGCACCAGAGGCAGGGGGGCGCGAAGAAAACUGAGGAAAGGAACUUGGCUGGGUUCAUGAAGUCAAUUAGGAAGCUGAUAAGAGAGUGACAUCUUCCUUGAGCACCCGGCCGAUGUAAGGGACUGAGGGGAACAGCCGCAGCGCCUCCUUGAUGCAGUUCUCAGUGUACCGCAUGCUCCUCAAGUCCUCCACGGUGGCAGCCCGGUCGGAUCCCUUGAAGAUCGAGUCCAGCUCCUCAUGUACCUUUGCCUGGUGGUGGUGGUGGUGGUGGUGGUGGUGGAAGCAGAAGAAAAGGCACACACUCACCUGGGCCUCGGGGUGUCUUCCCAUCAAGUAGAGGAACCAGUUGAUGGCUACCGCAGUAGUGUCGUGCCCCGCGAACACAAACAGAUCCACCUCCUCGCGAACACUCUCCUCAGACAACACGGCGCCGUCUGCUGAGUAUUCCAGUAGCAGGUCCAAGAAGGCCAGGCGGGGCUUCUUGCGUGCUGCGGGCGAGGUAAGGAACUGCUCCAGCACCUUCAAGUGGAAGGCCGGGGUGAGCAGCUUGCGUCUCUGGGGCCACGUUUCCGCUGAGUACCAGACCAGCAUGAGGAGGGCCAGAAGGGAGAGAGUCACGCUUCCGGGCACCCACCAUCGUCCAUCAUCCGCCCGCAUCUUCCCCGCCAUCCUGUGAGAGAGGGAGAGACUGAUAUCCUUCACUCCCUGCUUGUCCUGCUAAUCCUUGCCCCGCACCUGCUGCCACUCACGUACGCACACAUACUUUCUCAGGUACAGACAAGAAGGCGGCCAGCUGCAUUCCAACACCGCCAAAGACACCAACACUAUUCCAACACUGCCAGCAAGAUUCCAACACUGCCAGCAGGAUUCCAACAGUGCCAGCAAGAUUCCAACAGAGUCACAGAAUUCCAAACAGCAUCAAAAUUCCAAACACUGUCAAGAUUCCAAAGAUACCAAACCAUUCCAAGCACUGCCAGGAUUCCCAGCAGGACAGUCCCAAGUCAACAGCACCAGAGCCCCACAAACACUGCCAAACUCCCCAACAGUGGCUGGGUUCUCAGAGGCUUCAGGAGGCAUCAAGGGGUGACAGGGGGCCGGCGUGGAGAGGCAGGACAGCUCACAUCUUCAGUACAAAGCCAGGACCACUGCUUGCCGCGCCUCCCAGGAAGAAACCGGUUGCAGCCAUCUCGUCGUCCCCAUCCACCUGAAGAAGAAGGCUUGGUUGAGGGUUGGAGGAGGUCAAAAGAGGAGGAGCAUUUGAAGAAGAUUUGAAGAGAAAGAUAAGAUUAGAAGAACUACAAGACAAAGAUAAGUAGAGAGAGGAUAAGAAAAUGAAGUUUUGAAGAGAAAGGUGUCUGGCAAAGAAAGAAGAUAAGAUUAGGUUAAGAGGAGAGUUAAAUGAGGAAGAACGACAAGAGAAAGAAGAUGACAAGAGAAAGAUUUGGGAGAGGAGGGUUAAAUGAGGAAGACUUGCCAAAGGAAGAUGAGAAUAGAAAAAGAUUUGAAGAGGAAAAUUAAGAAAGAUAUCUGGUAGGGAAAAAAGAUAAGACUAGUAGAAGAAGACGAUGAAAUAAGGAAGAGUUACAAGAGAAAGAUGAGAAAAGGAAGAGGAUUUGAAAAGGAAGAUUACAACUGGGGAAAAAAAUAGUAGAGAAAGAAAUCUGGGAAAGAGAAAGAUGAUUAAAACAGCAUUACUAAAAGCAAUGAUAAAAUGAAGAAAAGUACAGAAAGAGGAAUGGAAGAAGAUUAGAAGAGGAGGAAGACAGAAGUAUUACCAAGAUUCACAAAAAAGAUUAGAUACAUGUAAAUUAUUUGAAUAGAAAGAUCAGUGACAAAAAUAUUAGAUGUAGAGAGAGAGAGAGAGAGAGAGAGAGAGAGAGAGAGAGAGAGAGAGAGAGAGAGAGAGAGAGAGAGAGAGAGAGAGAGAGAGAGAGAGAGAGAGAGAGAGAGAGAGAGAGA